AUGCAUUUCCUCCUCCUUGGCGCCACUGGGCGCACUGGCAAGCACGUCGUGUCCGAAUUGCUGUCUCAAGGCCAUACGGCGGUAGCCCUUGUCCGGACCUCUGGCAGCCUCGCCCCCCGUGAUGGUCUAACAGUCGUCACCGGCUCGCCACUAUCAAAGUCCGACAUCAAGACAGCUCUCUCUGCGGCACCUUCCCUGACUCCUUCGGCGGCAAUUGUCACAUUGAACACAGUCCGCGAGUCUGAGAGCCCUUUUGCGCCCCAACUUUCACCUCCACGCUUCUUGGCUGAUUCUUGCGCCAAUGCUUGCGAAGUUCUGGAGCAGGCCGGCAUUCGUCGCAUUGUAUUCAUGUCGACAGCAGGUGCCGGGGAUUCUUGGGCCAACCUCCCGUGGCUGUCCAAGGCAUUCAUGGGGUGGACCAACAUCAAAUUGGCACUCGAGGACCACAACCUCGUGGACAAGGAGAUUCGCCUGACAAAGAUGGAUUGGACUCUCGUGAGGGCGUCGAGGCUGGAAUUCGACGACCCCAAAAAGCAGAAGCAGACCAUUGCCAAGGCCGACGUGCAAACGCUGGCCAGCAAUGGCGUUGGAAUGCGCAUGACCGACAGCGUCAGUGUUGCUAGUGCGGCCAAGUUCCUCGUCAAGGUCGCAGUCGAAGGACUCUUCAUUAAGAGCGCAGUGGUAAUAAGGGAUUGA